AUGUACCCUGUGUAUCCUGCUCUCUCGCCUUCUCCAGUAAAAAAUUCCUCUCAGAUCCUCCUGAGACCAUCUGCAAGAGACCAACUCCGACCAGAGGAUCCCUGCCCAGGCAAUCAAAAUCAGCAGCUGCGAUAUUCUGAUCCACAUAGCCUGAGUGACAAACUGAAGCAUCGAGAGGGCAAGAAAAGGCCCCAUCCUUUGCUGAAAGGCCUCACAUUUUGCAUAAGGCUGAAGAGGAUUUCAAUGGCCUCUUCCUACUCACCCAAAAGACAAAUGGGGGGUUCUGAGGUGCAUGAGAGAAUGAUAUAA